AUGGGACAAAAGCGAAAUAACAUCCCACCCAAGACCUCGUUCUUGCAAUUACCGCCCGAGCUUCGUCUGAGGAUCUACGAAGAAGCUCUCAUCUGUCCAAAUGACUAUGUCGACAAGCCGAUGAUAGUCAUUCAGGAUCGCGGCAAUGUCUUCACCACACGCGGCAAGUAUAGAGCCAUGUCAAUGUGUCCGAGCUGGCAAGGUGAUGAUGGCACAGCACGCAAGCUGCUAGGCCUUAAUCACCAGAUCCACGACGAAACAGAAGACUUCCUAUACUCUCAACACACAUUAUUCUUCCGGAACUCGUUUGAUCUCGACCGAAUAGGACAGUUCCUCGACACGCUGAGCCGUACAGCACGCCAUCGGAUUCGCAGCGUCGGAUUCGAAAUAUUCUUCUUCGUCCAUGCCGAGCCAGGUGUCCCCAAACGGACCAUGAAGCAGUACGCCCGCGCUAGCAAAAUCCUUGCAGAAAGACUCCCCCGAUGGAAGAGUGUCUUUUUCUACCUCGAUCCACGAUUCUACUAUCCCUCCACCCAAGCCGGAGGCGGGAAAGGCAAAGGUCCUGCUCGCGGUGUCCUCGAUCUAGCGACUCGUUUCGGGGUGGUGUGCAACGAUGUCACCUUCUCCCCUUUACCAGAGAGCGAUCACCAUCUCCUUGAGGAGGCCCAGCAAAUCGUCUGGCGAAGUAGCUCGCCGGACCGGCGCGCUCCGGGCGAGAGCCGCCGAUCGAUGAAGUGUUCUUCACAAGAUCCAAACGAAGAUGAUCUUGAAGGGUACUUUGCGUCGAUGUCUAUCCACCACCGGCCGAUUCAUUUGUGA